AACCCCCCUCCGCCGCCCGCCCCGGGGCUACCAGAAGCCUCCCUCGGCUUCGGCUGGGGACGGAGAGCGCGCCUGCUCUUCCCUGCGCGCCGCUGCCCCAUUGGAAGGGCGGCGGAGGAGCUGCAAGCCGGGGUGCGCGCCAUGAGCCCCUGCCUUGGGGUUCAGGGGCCAGUGGUGGAAGCAGGGAGCGGCGCCCGCCCCAGGGCCUGGCCGCGAACCCCCGCGGAUGCCCGGCAGGAGCGCUUGCCUCGCCCGGCGACUAAGGUGCAUGGGAAGAUGGUAGGAUGCCCGUAGGACCAUGCACUGCACCAUGACAUGCUGCUGCUGUUUCCUGGUCUUGGUUUUUCACUGCGUCCUCCUGAGUACAGCCUCAGUGGCAGCUUGCCCAGCACGCUGUGACUGCAUCCCCCAGAUCAAGUCCGUCAGCUGCCACCGCAAGCGCCUCACCGCAAUCCCUGAGGGGAUUCCCACGGAGACCAAGAUCUUGGAGCUUAACAAGAACCGCAUCCGCUGCCUGAACUCGGGGGACCUGUCCCCAUUCCCACUAUUGGAGGAGCUGGACUUCAGUGAGAACAUCAUCGCCAGUGUAGAGCCGGGUGCCUUCAGCAACCUCCUGAACCUGCAGGUCUUGCGCCUUCGUGGCAACCAGCUCAAGCUGCUCCCCCCAGGCGUCUUCACCAAGCUCUCCAACCUCACCGUCCUGGACAUCAGCGAGAACAAGAUUGUCAUCCUCCUGGACUACACAUUUCAAGACCUGAGGAGCCUCAGGAUCCUGGACCUUGGGGACAAUGACCUGGUUUAUGUCUCUCGGAAGGCCUUCUCUGGCCUCCUGGGCCUGCAGCAGCUGACAAUAGAAAAAUGCAACCUGACAGACAUCUCCGCAGAGUCGCUCUCUCGCCUCCAGAACCUACAGGCCCUCCGGCUCAGGCACCUGAGCAUUGCCACAGUGGAAGACCAAAACUUCAAAAAGCUUUGCAACCUCUGGCAGCUAGAAAUUGACAACUGGCCGUUCCUGGAGGACAUAUCACCAAAUGGCUUCCAAGGACUCAACCUCACCUCACUCUCAAUCACGUACACAAACAUAACUGCUGUCCCAACAGCUGCCUUGAGGAACCUGGGGCAUCUCAUGUACCUGAACCUCUCCUACAACCCCAUCAGCACAGUCCCCAAGGGCGCCUUCCGGGACCUCAUCCGGCUCAGAGAGCUCCACAUGGUGGGUGCCUUGUUGGCCUUGGUAGAGCCCCAGGCGCUGUAUGGCUUGAGGCAAAUCCGCCUUCUCAAUCUCUCCAACAAUUUCUUGUCCACUUUGGAGGAAAGCAGCUUCCACUCUGUCAACACUCUGGAGACACUCAGGGUGGACCGGAACCCCUUAGUCUGCGACUGCCGCCUCCUCUGGAUCCUCCAGCGCCGGAAGACGCUCAACUUCAACGGCCAACCGCCAAUGUGUUCCUCACCACCCGAGAUCCAGGGUGACGCCCUGCGCGACUUCCCAGACUCUGUGCUCUUUGAGUACUUCACCUGCCAAAAGCCAAAAAUCAGGGACCGGAAGCUCCAGCACAUCACUGCUUAUGAAGGGCAGGCUGUGUCCUUCCUGUGCCGGGCGGACGGAGAGCCCACCCCCUCCAUCGUCUGGGUUUCUCCUCAGCAUCGGAUGAUCACUACCAGGAGCACUGGGCGAAUUGCCGUCUUGCCCAGUGGGACGCUGGAGAUCCGCUAUACACAAGUCCAAGACAGUGGGACCUACAUCUGCAUCGCCAGCAAUGCCGGUGGCAACGACACAUAUUUUGCCACGCUGGCCAUCAAGGGGCACUUGGCCAACGGAGCCCUUUAUGCAAACCGGACCCUGCACCUCAGUGACUUCAACGACACUUUGCACAACAGCACACAGGUCUUCUUGAAGUUCACACUUGACCUCAAGACUAUCCUGGUGUCCACUGCCAUGGGGUGCAUCACCUUCCUGGGCGUGGUGCUCUUCUGCUUCCUCCUCCUCUUUGUCUGGAGUCGAGGCCGUGGGCAGCACAAGAACCACUUCUCUGUGGAGUACUCUUUCCGUAAGGUGGACGGCCCAACCACAGCGGCUGGGCAAGGGGGCGCCAGGAAGUUCAACAUGAAGAUGAUCUGAACUGCUGGCAGGCUGGGAGGGGGGCUCUGCUGGGAACACCCGCAAGGAGAACCAAGUGGGCUGUGGGUGCUGCUGCCCCUCCUCUGCCAUCAGUUCAGUUCAACUUCAAGGGCUUAGACCAGGCAAGCAGUGACCGUGCUGAGGGACCUCUGUCGCACCACACUUGCCAAGGGUGCCAUGAAUCUAGUGGCAGCAUUGCCCAUCAUGGCUGGCCCAGUGCUAGCACCCAGCAAGGUGGGGAAGACCCUGGCACAGCCUGCUGCUGCCACCAGAGCCUCCUGAUGUGGCUCGGCCGGGUGGUAGCAGCACCGGACAGAGCUCCAGCUCGCCUGGAAAGCACCAAGUGGCCACCUAGCACCGCCCUGGUCCUGAUGCUCGCACGUGGAUGGGAGCGGCAUCAUUAGCAGGGUGGGUUUGGUUAGCACCAUCCACAUGCCAAGUGAGCUGGGAGCUCCUCCACUCAGUGCCACAGCCAGCACCGUUCACUGGCAGGCACUGCACUGCAUGCGACUUCCCCCAGGCUGAAGGGCAGCCCUGGCCAGGGGCUUCUGCCUCUCUCUUUUUCUCCCUGUCUCUGGGCUUCUAUCCCCCAUGGACAACGUGCUCCACGCAAACAACACAGGGGGCUGUUCAGGUCUUUUUGCUGUAGCUGACUUUUGUCCUUUGUUUCAUCAACUAUGCAUCUUUCAAGUAACGGGAGCAUUACUCUUGGGCUUUAAAGAACCUCGCCUCUCUCUCAUUUUUCUAAGUGACAUAUUUGGAAAUCUCUGUUGAGCCGAGUGCUUGUUUUUAAACCAUUUAUAUGCACGCCUAACAGGCAUCUUCCUGUGCGACUGAGGACUCCCUGUGCAGGGAGGGAAGAGGGAGACCAACCUACCUUUGCCUGCCAGACCAGAGCCAGCAAGGUGGAGGCUAUGCUGGGGGAGAUGCGGUGCCUUGUAAGAACCCUGUCUAACAUUUUUAAUAGUGAGGAGUAUGUUGGCAGACAAGUGCCCUCUGUGCCGAGACCCUCCUCCACAAAGCAAUAACCUGCUUCUUCCACUUGGCUGGCUAGGAUAGGGCCCAGCACACGGAGCCAAGAAGGCUGAGCUCCUGCACUGUGCACUGUCCUGCACUCUCCCCAGGGGAGAGCCAAGCUUUGAGUGUGUAG